AUGGGGUUUGCAACGGCCCUCGAAUCUCGAUUCCGCUCGGCCAUCCCAGACACACCACCCGAGGCGCUCACCCCAGACUCGGCCUCCUUUCCCAUAAGGCGGACCGAGGAGUCGUGGCACCCGCGCGCUCCUCCAUCCCCGCCCAUGUCCAACUAUGACCCGACUGUCAAGGCAAUCGACAUGUCAUCGUCCGGCAAGGGGUCGGAGGAGACCACAAGCCGCAGGGAAUCUGCACCCGAGGACAGUCCACCAGCGCGCCAACAGCUUCCGUCGCUGAGCAGCCUCUUCGGGCCAUCGUCUCAAAUGCCUCCGCUUCACUCGUCAUUCUCGGAUCGUCCUGGCCCUUACACGACCUCCUCGGCCUCCUCGCCACUUGACCAUCCCUCGAGGCCGACUGUGGGGUCGUCUUCCUACUUCCCCCCAUCAAUAUCCUCUGUAUCACAACCGCGGAGUCUAUUAGAUUCGAGGUUCCAGGACCGACCACAAAUUCCAUCCCUCUCGCAGGUGUUUCCGGGGCCGCUCUCACCAGUCCCGCGGUUAGAUCAAAGGCAGGACGGGCGCCCCGAGUACAGCUCAGGGAGCCAAUGGUCAGUACAGCACGAAGCCAGCCGGGAAUACUCGUUCGGCAGUCGCAGUCACCAAUAUUACCAGCCGUCUCUGGAUCGGUACCAUCCGUCUCAUUUGCAAGGCGGGCGGGAUGGGAGCAGAGCGGAGUUCCGAGACCCAUUGGCGCCGCAUACGCCGGGCCAAAACCCACCUUCGACUCCAACCAGCAGUGUUGGCUCGGAAGCUCCUCCGACAAAGGACGGACUCGGACCAAAGAUCUGGACGGGGACGCAUUUUCUCCCGCGGUUCGUCAGGGCCGCCGAGGUGCCGGGCGAGGGAAUGUGCUACUUUUACGACGACGGCAGCCACUGCAAGACGGUCAUUGACGGGGAGGCGGUCAACGCGCACUGGGGCGUAACCAAGGCAGGGAAGCCGAGGAAGAGGCUGGCGAUUGCCUGCAUCACUUGCCGCGAGAAGAAGAUUAAGUGCGACCCGGACUAUCCGCGGUGCGUGCAGUGCGAGAAGUUUGGUCGGGUCUGCAAGUUCAAGAAUGCGCCUCGAGGCGGUCACAACACCUCACCGUCCACUCCGCCCGCCGAACCUGAGGACCUCCGCCGGCUGGGUGCGAUAUCGAUUCCACGACCGACCACGGACCUCACGCGACCCAGUAGCCACUCGAGCGAGUCGGUAUCUCCCAGGACGACGCUACGGCCCCUCAGCCCGGACCCGACCCACUCGGGCCCCCGCAAGCAGGCUCGUGUCGGCUACGAGCAUUACAGCCCGACAGCCGGGCAGCGGUCGCCGCUGGUGUCGACACCUGUCUCAGCGGGGCCUCCUUUUCAUGCCUCGUGGCGGCAGCCGGAAGCGCUACCGAGGAUUCAUGAGGAUGUGCUGCGCGGGGCUUGGCAGACUGAUUCGUAUGUGUUUCGCGUUGGUCGAUGA